CUCCCGGACCCCGCCCAUACCUGAACCCGCAACAGCCGCGGGCUUCCCGAGGGCGCAGCGGCCAGUCCUCGCGCUGCAGGCGGGGAAACUGAGGCCCGGGGCUGUCGGGGCGGGGCCGGCCCCCCCCGCGAGUCCAAGCCCCCGCCCCCAGCCGGCCCCGCCCCGGCCCGUAAGAGGCCCCCUGGGCGCCCGGCGAAAGCGCACAGCGCGGCGCCAGGGUCGGGGCCAGGACCACGAUGGCAGCGCAGCGGCUGGGCAAGCGGGUGCUGAGCAAGCUGCAGGCUCCAUCGCGGGCCCGCGGGCCGGGGGGCAGCCCCGGGGGGCUGCAGAAGCGGCACGCGCGCGUCACCGUCAAGUAUGACCGGCGGGAGCUGCAGCGGCGGCUGGACGUGGAGAAGUGGAUCGACGGGCGCUUGGAGGAACUGUACCGCGGCAGGGAGGCAGACAUGCCCGAUGAGGUCAACAUCGAUGAAUUGUUGGAAUUAGAGAGUGAAGAAAAGAGAAGCCGGAAAAUUCAGGGGCUCCUAAAGUCGUGCACGAACCCCACAGAGGACUUCGUCCAGGAGCUGCUGGCGAAGCUGCGAGGCCUCCACAAGCAGCCAGGCCUCCGUCAGCCCAGCCCCUCCGGCGACGGCAGCCUGAGCCCCCGCCAGGACCGAGCCCGGACCGCGCCGCCCUGACCCUCUCUGGCCUCCGUGAUCUGCUCCGUCUCCCCACCACCCAACGCCGUCCUGGCUUGUUUAUAAGUUGUAUUUAAUGGUUCCGUAACAAUAACACCGCGUGCCUGUU